CGUUGUGGACCCCGCUUAGCCUCCUGGAGAAGUCCGGAAGGCGAGGGGGCAGUGCUACGCAGGAUUCCCCACAGAACCGAUGCGCUCUCGAUGCCCCUCUCUCCUCCCAUUUUCUGUGUUUCAUCCUCUAUUCAACAACUUUUAAAAAUGGUUCCCCUGGCUCAGUCCGAGGCGUUCCUCAUCGACCUUUUGGAUAAAGUGUGUGUGCGAAUGAACGACUAUCAGCUGGAGGACGACCCAGUGACCAAACAGAAGUAUUUCAGGAGAUAUGCUCCGAGAAAGGGAGACAAAAUAUACAAAGAAUAUAAAAAGUUCUUCUUUUAUUCCGAUGCCUACAGACCUUUGAAAUUCGCGUGUGAAGCCAUUAUUGAAAAGUAUGAGGAUGAAAUAUUCGAACUUAUCGCCCAGGAGGCACACCAUCUAGCUGAUAUGCUGUGCAGUGAAAAAUCAGAUCUGUGUGGCACUCCUACAAACAGUCCUGAACCCGAGGUGUGAGAGGAGUGGAGUCAGCCUGGCGGGUCACUGUGCACCUCCACAUCAUGUGACUGCGUGAUAAGGAAGUUCAUCUCCUGUCUGCUGUACUUGUCUCAUGCGUGAUAUUGGUUUGAAAAUCUCUUGCUUGGCAUCGUGACAAACCCCAAGUCUUCUCUUAGGUGAAGAGAAGUUUAUAAAACAGAAUACCCCUUUGCAUAUUUGUAUGGAAGCUGGGUUAGCAAUAGAGCAUUAAAUCUGGCCAUGGGAAAGAGGGUGAAGUUAUUUCUUGAAGUCAGUAGGGAAUUAAGGGUGGGUCCAAGCAAAUGCGCCUGACAUGUCCAUAUACAGUUUGCAGUUUCAGAAGAACUCAGUUUGAUUUCUCAAAUUCUUGAUCAGCCACAAUUCAAGGCAUUCAGUUGCAACUAAUGCCAUGGAUUUGCUAUUCUGGAAGGUUCUGUGUGGUGCUUUUAAAGCCACCCCUCUCAACUAGGAAUGGGACUUACAGAUCUGGAAACUCUUAUAUUUUAGAACUUUAUUCCUAAGAUUAAAUAGAACAAAUACAAGAGUGAAUACUUCUCACAGUGGUUUCCUGGCCAUGCCCUGAGUUCAGAUGAUUCUGAAGGGUAUCUCAUAGUGGGUUUCAAAAGAUGCGACACUGAACACAUUUUUGUCUUGCUUCAAUCUCUCUUGGUUGGUUUUUCCCUCAUUGAUCAUAGUGUGUAGUUUUUCCUACUGGCUGAUUUGUCUCUCUUCUAUGGGACUUUUAUUUAUGUAUUUAUUUUUGGAUGUGGAGGGAAAUUCACCUUUACCACACUUACUGUAACAAAAUGUAAUAACAGUUUCUCCUGGGUGUUCUCAUUGUCUCUGCUAAAUUUGUAUUCAGUGGAAUUGAACUUUAAUUAUUCAGCAUGUGUGGGUACAGGUUACACCUGUUUAAUUAAAGAAAUUGUCACCAUUGUCAUUGAAAUUUGCAUGAGUAAUAGGCAAACAUUUUACCAGAAGAGCUAAAAUGGUUGUUUAUAAAACCAUCCAGAAAUGACACUAUUUAGAUUAUUCAUUGGACACCUUGGCCAGAAUAAUUCUUAUAUUUGCUAGAUUUUACCAAAAUAAGAAGAAAAGAUUUCUAUUUUUCCUUCCUCUUAGUCUUAAGUCUUAAUGCCACUUGUUUUCUGGAAAUCUGAGAAAACGUGUGCUUUCGCAAUGUGUAUGUGGUCAGUUGUAGGCCCUCUGCGACCCUGAGAUUCUGUGCUCCAAACAGACAAGGAAGAGGAGAUACACGGUCAGGUGAUGCUACCUCCCAGCAGGGAAGAAACAAAAAAGGGAAGGGGAGACUGGUCCCUGCACCUUAUUUUUGUGACCUGUAAGAUUAACUCAGCAUCUGAGGUAGGAAGUCUUUUUAGCAUUGCCUUACUUGGGCUUUGUUAGGAAAUGCACACUAGGGUCCCAUUUCUUAAGAUUUGUCCUUCUGGGAACAAAGCUGAGAAGGCCAACUGUAAGUUAGUUACUGAUCUCAGACUGCUUUUCGCCUGCCGGGACCUCCGGGGCAGACAGAUCCGCAGACACUCUGCUUUCCAAACUGUUCUGGAUUUCUCACCAAACAGGGUCUUAAAUCUGACCAGUGUUUUGGGUAUCUCAUGACUCAUACUUUUUUGUAAUUCUUUUUCAUAUCAAGUUUGCUGAGCUCAUGUAAAUGAAGGUAGCUACUGAGUUGCUGAUUAAAUCUUGGUUCGAUUGAGAAUUACCCAGAGCCACAGUCUCUCUGCCUGCCUCCUGUGGGAUGCCUGCUUUGCUGGGAAGUAGCUAUAGGAGAGAGGAAGCUGUGUGGUCCACCAUUCCCCUGACUUUAAAAUGACACCAAAUAAAAAGUAAGAUGAAAAGUCAGAGAGAAAAGCAAGCAAAUGAAAGAGACGCCCAGGCCGCAAGCUGAAAAUUUCUUAAAAUUAACAAAAAUCAACCCAGAUCUGAGUCAAAAAAUUAAUAAUAACAACAAUAACAACAGCAUUAAGUUUCCUGGGAAGACAGGGUGAGUAGUAAAAGUCAGGAAGAGGAAAAAUGUGUUAGAGGCUGCAGGGAAACCAUGCUUGAGCCUGUAAUCGCACAAUCCACACACCAAACUGGCCAAAGCAGGAUGCUUACCUUGUUCUGCAAGUUGCUGUUUGCUUAGAACUGCUGAACCCACUUAACUGGAGAGCACAGAGUAGAACGGAGCCCAAGUCCCUACAGGAAACAUCCACCCUUCCCGAGGCAAGUCCUAAGAAGCCAAAGCAGGCUCUGACACAGGCUUCUUGGCUCCCGCAGUGCUUAUUCUUACACAUAUUUCCAUGUAACGACAACAAAAGGUUAACUGUGUAUCACUCUUAAAAUUCAGAUUACGGUAGGAUAGUGGGGGAAGUUAAUCUCAUACAUGUUUGUCAGUCUGCUUUUAAACUUGAUACAAAGUUGCGAGCUGAUCUUAGAAAUGUUAAAGGCCAAUCAGUAGAAUGUGGCACCAUUUGGUACCUACAUACAGUGAAGAACAUUAAAUUAUUGCAAUAAAACUAUACUUGUAAGAGA